AUGCGGAGAAUGGGAACAGGAGAUCGUCUCCUGGAUAUCCCCUGCAAGGUGUGUGGCGACAGGAGCUCCGGGAAGCACUACGGAAUUUACAGUUGCGACGGUUGUUCCGGGUUCUUCAAAAGAAGCAUUCAUCGUAAUCGAGUGUACACCUGCAAAGCGGCCGGCGACCUAAAGGGACGUUGUCCUAUUGACAAGACGCACCGAAACCAGUGUCGGGCCUGCAGACUCAACAAGUGUUUCCAGGCGGCAAUGAACAAGGACGCAGUACAGCAUGAACGCGGUCCUCGGAAGCCGAAGCACCAUCAGCACCACUCGAAGGACCUGCACCAUCAUCAUCAUCACCACCACAUUGGCUCCUCGGCUGUACUCGGUGGAGUGCCCGUUCUACAGGCGCCUGCAGACGGGACUUCGACCAAACUUCUAUUUCCCGGAGCGGUGGCUCCACAAGCGAAACCACCGGCAAUUGGGACGGCGUCAACUGGCGGGGAACACGCAUCAGUCGCACCUCCGGCAUCCGCCAUGUUCCUAGGGCACCAGCCACCACCUCCCGGUCUUCUGCAGCUCCUCAUGUCCGCAGAGAAGUGCCAGGAAUUCAUCUGGAGCACGAAAUUGAACGAAGCAGAGAGACUGUCAGUUGCCAGCAUCCCUCAACCAAGUCCCUUGCCUCUCCCACUGUCGCCGACGUGGGAAGUUCUACAGGAAACGACAGCUCGAUUGCUCUUUAUGGCGGUGAGGUGGGUUCAAUGCCUGGCACCGUUCCAGACUCUGUCCACGAGAGACCAGCUGCUGCUACUUCAGGAGUCUUGGAAAGAAUUAUUCUUAUUACACUUGGCUCAGUGGUCCAUUCCCUGGGACCUCUCAGCUCUUUUCGGCUGCAGUAAGGCCAGAGACCGCCUCCCGCAAGAUGACAUUACCAACAACGAAAUUAAAACCAUACAGGAAAUAAUGGGAAGAUUUCGUCAGUUGUCGCCAGAUGGCAGUGAGUGCGGUUGUAUGAAAGCUGUUAUCCUCUUUACACCAGAGACAGUGGGCCUGUGUGACGCCCAACCUGUGGAGAUGCUGCAAGAUCAGGCACAAUGCAUCCUGGGAGAUUACGUCAGAAGUCGCUACCCUCGUCAACCGACACGAUUCGGCCGUCUUUUGUUGCUAGUACCGAGCUUGAGGGCAGUGAGACAAGUUACCGUCGAACAACUUUUCUUUAAAGAAACCAUCGGCGAAAUUCCAAUCCAGCGACUCUUAGGGGACAUGUACAAUAUGGAAAAGUACACGUAA